UGCUCGUAAGUGAUAUCGCUCAGUUGCGCGCCCGUUGCAUGAUACUUUUGCAAUCUCGAUAUGAAGAAGAGGUCUAUCCAUAAAAUUAUAGUGACCAAUCAAUAAUCUUGAGAGUUAUACUAUUAAAUUUGGAAUGUUUACUCGUCUCAGCAGCUGCAAUUGCUUUCUCAACAAGCCUAUUAGAAGUCGGGUAUUUAAGAAAUCAAUUCAUCUAGGACAACACAAGAUAUCAUACUCAAGAAUAUGAUCAAUAGAAUGGUUGGCUUGACAAGCAAAGUGCCAUUCUGACAAAGAGAGUUUUUAGUUAGCAGGCCAGAGUAUAAAUUAGAGGUUGCAACUUCGGCUAGGAAUCAAAGCAUAUUGCACAGGGUCUUGGUAUCAUGUCAGUGGCGAAUACAAGCAAUUCGUCUGAAGUUGACUAUCGAGACAAAAUCAAAGUUGAUGCGAUUGCUGUCCUGCCAGCGUAUCUGAUCGUAUUAGCAACAUGCUUACUCGGCAAUAUCUUGGUAUGUAUAACAAUCAUGAAGAAUCAAGAAAUGCGAAAGAAAAGAUGGUACUAUUUCUUGAUCAAUUUAUCUAUUUCUGACAUGGGUUUUGCACUGUUUACACCUGUUCAUCUGUUGCAGUCUGCUGGAGUCGAUAUGGGCGAUGCUGGUUGCAAACUUGGAAUCCACAUUAUUGAUGUGUUCAUGUUGACGUCAACCCUAACACUUGCAUACAUCAGCGUUGAUCGUUUCAUGUGCAUCUGUUACCCCUCCCUUGGCUACACAAAUCGCGUAAGCCCAGUUCGGGUUAUUGCAGCUAUUUGGCUAUUUGGAACGAUUUUCCUAUGCCCAUUUCUGAUAUACUGUAAAAAGAGCUCCACCACAGAGAACAGUUGUGACUGCUGCACAGCAUGGCCAUACCCUAGUCAAUACAGAAUCUACAAUUUUUCAAUCGUCUUUGUGGGCUUCUAUAUCCCAUUUAUAACAAUGGUUUUCUGUUACUCAAAGAUCAUUGUCCGACUCUGGGGUAAAAAAGGGCAAAAGAGUUCCAUCGGUGAAGACAAAUCUGGCAAAAAGAUUAAAAGCAUUAAGAUGAUGAUUUUGGCAACAUCUUUGUUCUUCAUUUCAUGGUUUCCUUACACUGUUUUGUAUCUUAUAAAGGAAAUGAAAGUUGGAAAUCCAAGUAUUAUUGGAAAGUUCUUGCUCUUCGUACAGCUGAUAGCAUUUACCAAUUCAGCAUGGAACCCGUUCACCUAUUGUGUAUUCAGCAAAGAUUUCAGAAAAGGAUACAAGAGAAUUUUCUUUUGGAGAAGAAAUGAUGUGGCGGCAUAUCAUGAAGAAGAAAACAAAAUUGAAAGUAGAAAUAAUCGAAGCAAAUAACCUACACAAAAAGAAAACACGACAGAAGGAAGUUAGAAGAGACACUGUCAGCAAAAAACUCUGGAAUUGCAAAAGCUUUUCGUAAACUUACAUUGCUCGUUUAAGAAGGAUAAGAAACUUUACACUCCAAAGCCACUAUUUAUUGAAGUGAUAAUUUUAAUAGAUUCAGCAUUUAAACUUAGAGACAUUAAAAAUUGACAAUUGAAGUUUAUGAUAUCAUUAAAUUCGUUAAUAUGUGUUUAAGUUAGGAACAAGAAAUCUCAAACAUUUAAGGUGAAAUUUCUGCAUUAUAACAAUUUUUUGUGUCCUGAAGUCAAACUUUAAAGAACGUUUCAGUAUCUAAAACUUUCGAUGUUUCUCAUAAAAAUAGAUGUAUACACGUACAUAAGAA